AAAAAUAAGUCCUCCACUAACUUGCACUCAUCCAAGGCCGAGCUACCUUCUACAUAAUUUGUAGUCGCCAUUCUUCAUCAUGAGCAGUGCUGGUCUGCGUCGAGCGUCGUCCUCCCUUACCGGUGCAUUGUCUGCAUGGAAGAGCACAAAAUGUCCAAGGCAAUUUUGGGGUGCACGGAGACACCUGCACUCUCGCAUAGAACUUGACUACAAGGUCGAUGAGGGCCUCGGAAAUUUUAUGUCGCCAAGGACGCUUAAAAUGGUUUCCGAGGAGUACCAACAAGGUUUGCUCGACCGGUUGAACGAGAUGUUCCCUGAUGCUGCUGACCAGCGAAAGAGCGUCACACAACUCGUGAUCGACACUGCUAGCUCUGGAAAAGACGCCCUCGGCUUCUCCUAUGCAAGUCACGCCCUCAACAAUUCGUUCUUCCUCAACUGCCUUAGACCUCCCAAAAAUGAUGAAAACUUUGAAGAUAAAAUUCACAAUCUUUCCAUAGCCCCAUCCAUCCGCACCCAAUUCGGUAGCUUCCCGCAUUUCAUCAACAACUUUUCUUCUGCCGCUAGAGGAAUGUCGGGGUCGGGAUACAUCUGGUUUAUCACGGACGCCGUGGGCAACCUUGCCAUUCAGCCCACCUUCGCUGCCGGUACGCUUCUCGUUCGUUCGCGUACGUGCACAGAAGACCCUGCGGGUCGUCAUCAGGUGCUUCACGAGGGCAGGUUCCGCGACGGCCCACAGCCAACGCACUUGAACACAGGGCUGAGCAGUACACCCACAUCACCCACAUCAGGCAUGUCCCAGGGCCCUGCGCCACUACACCCCUCUGCCCCCCUACGAACACUGCACUCAGCGCCACGCAGUCACCUAGAUGGCGCGCGUUCUAUAUAUGAUGAACAGCCCGCAGAUCGGGGGGCUGACUCUUCCAUGAGGACCCUACGUAACUUGGGCGAAAAGAUCUACCCUUUGUUCUGCAUCAGCAUUCACGAGCACUGCUGGCUUCUCGACCAUGGAGUGUGGGGCAAGGAGAAAUAUAUGAAGGAGUUCUGGAGCGUGCUGAACUGGGAAACAGUCAAUGAACGGUACACGAGAUUUAUCAAUACGAAAGUGGGCCCUCAGCCAUUCCGAAACUAGCUCCAGAAAUUCAGGGCGCUGUGGCAUAAUUCACUGCUCAAUCUACUUAGAUCUAUAACGUCCAUACUUAUACCGUUUUAAACUUUUCCGCAUAGCGGAGUGCCAUGGAUCUCAGUGUUUGAUCAUAACUUAGUGGGUCGUCGCAUCUUGGAGAGGCCUUCGGCAAACCGUUUCGAAAUGAAGUGUCCAGCGUGGUAUGAUUAUGAAUAAUGAGACUAUAACUAGUAUUGUGAGGGCCUCAGAUUCAGAAUGUAAUUGUAACUGGCUCGGCCAUGGAAGCAACUAA